UAUUAAAUUUUUAUAUAUUUUUUUCUUUUUUAUUUUUUUUCUUAUGUCUUCACAUAUCAUUUCUUCUAAACUAAAUGCAAACGAGCUAGCUUUAUGUGGUGGCUUUGCAGGCCUUACCACAAGACUCGCCAUCUCUCCUCUUGACGUUGUCAAGAUCAGACUUCAGGUUCAACCAGAACGUUAUACUCUAAGACAAUUGCUUUCCAAACAAGCCAAAAAUAACAUUAAAUACUCUGGCAUUACACAAGCAUUCAAAACUAUUUUAGCAGAAGAAGGGGUCAAGGGGUUUUUUAAAGGCAAUGUAGCUGCAGAAUGGCUUUAUGUGACUUAUGGUAUUUCUCAAUUUUAUGCCUAUUAUUUUCUUGAUGAUUUUAUGAAAAAGCAACAUCAAGUAUCACCCGCAAUAAAGCCGUUUAUAUCAGGUAUGCUUGCAGGUAGUUUUGCUACAGCGACAACAUAUCCAUUUGAUCUAUUGAGAACACGGUUUGCCAUGCAAGGUGAAACAAGAGUUUAUAAUAACAUGUUACAUGCCGUGUUGGAUAUUUAUGAAAAAGAAGGUGUCCGAGGAUUUUACCGUGGAUUGGGAUCUUCGAUUACACAAAUCAUGCCUUAUAUGGGUUUGAUGUUCUUUAGUUAUGAAGGGUUGUGCUCUAUGGCUCAAUCACUCAAGGACAAGAAGGUCAUUCCAGAAGACCAUAAGCGAAUGCAAGACAUGCUUUGUGGCUCAUUAGCAGGUAUUAUCAGUAAAACUGGUGUUUUCCCCUUAGAUGUGGUUAGAAAACGAUUGCAAGUCCAAGGACCUCAUAUGUCAGAAUAUGUUGUUUCCAAGAUCCCUAGUUAUAGUCGAGAUAAUUCAGUGCUUGGAUGUAUACGAAAGAUGGUUGCAACAGAAGGCGUUUGGUCUUUGUAUAAGGGUAUUGUGCCUGGAUUACUAAAGGCAGGACCCUCAGGAGCAGUUUAUUUCUUGAUGUUUGAGUUGGCAAAAGAUGGUAUAACUGUACUAAAAGAAUCAGGUUUUCGUAUUGUGUCUGACAAGUCUACCUUGAAUACGUGAUAUCUCUUUUGCUUUCUUUAUACCCCGCCUUUAUUUUUUGAACAUCAACACAGACUGAAAUAAUUCAUGCAACAGGUAUUUUAUUAUUAUUCUCCAAAAUUUAGCUGCAUAAUUCGAUCUGUUAUUAAAAAUGCAUGGAUAAAAAAUCUAAUUGAACCUGUCAAUCAAAAGUAAAACAAAAGGACAUAUUAUCCUUAUGAUAUAUGACAAACUCAAGUGUCAAACUGUGGAACAAUAUGCUGCUCAAUUUAAAUAUCCGCUCUAUUGGGCAAUAUGUAGAUUGUUUGUAUGUGUAAACAAAUAUUUCAUUUGAAUUUCUACUAUAAUUAGAUGGUGGGAAAAAGAUCAGCAGAGUAAUUGAAGCUUAAAGUUUCCAUUGGCAAUACUUGUUUAAAAAUACCAUUUUUGAUAGAGAAGUUCAUUCUCCAUUGGUCAAGAUUGUGACUAUGCUCUGUAAUCUACUUCUUUAAGUUCC